GUGCGCUGUGUCCCUAGGACACAGCGGAUCACUGAUCCAAGAAAAGAGCCGAAGAUGUUGGUUCGGUCAUGUGAUCAGCUGUGUCCAAUCACAGCUGAUCUCAUGGCACUGAUUAUCAGUGUGCCCUGAUGAUCUGUGUAGCCCCAUCAGCGCCACCUGUCAGUGUCCAUUAGUGCCAGCUCUCAGUGCUCAUCCAUGCCACCUGCCAGUGCCACAUCAAUGCCACAUAUCAGUGCCCAUCUGAGCUGCCUUUCAGUGCCGCCUAUCAGUGCCAUAUAUAAGUGCUGCCUUUCAGUGCCCAUCAGUGAUGCCUGUCAAUGCUCAACAGUGCAGCCUAUCAGUGUCCAUCAGUGCAGCCUAUCAGUGCCCAUCACUGCAGCCUUAUUAGCGCACAUCAGUGAAGGAGAAAAAUCACUUAUUUACAAAAUGUAU